AUGGUUCUCCAAGACCUCGGCCGCCGCAUCAAUGCGGCCGUCACCGAUCUGACGCGGGCGCCAAAUCUCGACGAGAAGGCGUUCGACUCCAUGCUCAAAGAGAUCUGCUCUGCCCUCCUCGAAGCCGACGUCAACGUGCGCCUCGUCGGCCAGCUGCGCAAGUCGAUCCGCUCGACAGUCAACUUCAAAGAGCUCCCUCCGGCCGUCAACAAGAAGCGCCUCAUCCAGAAAGCCGUCUUUGACGAGCUCGUCCGCCUCGUCGACCCCCAUGCCGAGCCCUUCAAGCCCAAGAAGGGCAAGAGCAACGUCAUCAUGUUCGUCGGCCUGCAGGGCGCCGGAAAGACGACGACGUGCACAAAACUCGCCCGCCACUACCAGUCUCGCGGCUUCCGCGCCUGCCUCGUGUGCGCCGACACCUUCCGCGCCGGCGCCUUCGACCAGCUCAAGCAGAACGCCACCAAGGCCAAGAUCCCAUACUACGGCAGCCUGACGGAGACGGACCCCGCCGUCGUCGCCCGCGAAGGCGUCGACAAGUUCAAGAAGGAGCGCUUCGAGAUUAUUAUCGUAGAUACGUCAGGCCGCCAUAGGCAGGAGAGCGCCCUGUUCCAAGAGAUGGUAGACAUCCAGGCGGCCAUCCACCCCGACGAGACCGUCAUGGUGCUCGACUCGUCCAUCGGCCAGCAGGCCGAGGCCCAGGCCAAGGCGUUCAAGGAGGCGGCCGACUUCGGCGCCAUCAUCAUCACCAAGACGGACGGCCACGCUGCCGGCGGCGGUGCCAUCUCUGCCGUUGCCGCCACCCACACGCCCAUCGUCUUCAUCGGCACGGGUGAGCACAUGCUCGACCUCGAGCGCUUUGUGCCCAACAACUUCAUCAGCAAGCUGCUCGGCAUGGGCGACAUGGCCGGCCUGGUCGAACACGUCCAGAGCCUCAAGCUCGACCAGCAGGGCACCAUCAAGCACAUGACCGAGGGCAUCUUCACCAUCCGCGACCUGCGCGACCAGCUGCAGAACAUCAUGAAGAUGGGCCCGCUGAGCAAGAUGGCCGGCAUGAUCCCCGGCAUGAGCAACAUGAUGCAGGGCAUGGACGACGACGAGGGCUCGCUCAAGCUCAAGCGCAUGAUCUACAUCUGCGACAGUAUGACGGAGAAGGAACUGGACUGCGACGGCAAGCUGUUCAUCGAGCAGCCGACGCGCAUGACGCGCGUGGCCCGCGGGUCCGGCACCACGGUGCGCGAGGUCGAGGACCUGCUCACCCAGCAGCGCAUGAUGGCCGGCAUGGCCAAGAAGAUGGGCGGCAACAUGAAAAACAUGCAGCGCGCCCAGAACGCCAUGGGCGGUGGCAACAAGGCCCAGCAGCUCGCCGCCAUGCAGAAACGCCUGCAGAGCAUGGGCGGCGCCGGCGGGCCGGGCGGCCCCGGAGCCGGCGGCAUGCCCGACAUGGGCAGCCUCAUGAAGAUGUUUGGCGGCGGCGGUGGGGCCGGCGGCAUGGGCGGCAUGGACAUGAACGCCAUGAUGAAGCAGAUGAGCGGCAUGCUGGGCGGCCAAGGGGGAGGCGGCGGGGGCCGGGGGGGGGGAGGAGGUAGACACUUUUUUUCGCUCUUCUUUUUUUCUCUCUUCUUUUUCACUCUCUUCUUUUUUCCCCUUUUUCUUUGCAUGACUAUUAUUGCUGGGCCUGCCUGUGCCGUAUUUUGUUCUUUUUCUCGGCCCAACGAAAAGAUUGUGGGGGUUUUUGCAUUGCCCGGCGUCAGGGGGUACGUAUCUGUGGGUUGUUGUUGGUUGCGCGCUGAGCCGAGCUGA